CGGCGAGGGGCUGGCCGGGUAAGUGGGUGGCGCUGGCCCUUUAAAUGGCUCUCAAGCCCUAGAGCGCCCUGUGGAACACCCACGUCACGGAGAUUCUCUUUGUCCGACAAACGGGUUCCACUCUUUAGGGCUGAGCAGGAACUGAAGCGCAAGAAGACCCUCUCCACGCUGCACCGGGGAGGAGCGCACGAACAUGGACAUGCAGGCAGAGAUGCGAGGGAAGGGCUCGCCGGCCGAUCACGGGCUGCGUCGACAGCGUGGUCCCUGCAGCAGCUCCUCCCCCUCGGAGAUCUCCUCAUCCCACCAGAGUCGGCUCCUGAAGCAGCUGGACCAGCAGCGCCGGCAGGGUCUGUUCUGUGACUGCAGCGUGCUGGUGGAGGGGCGGCUGUUCCAGGCUCACCGGAACGUGCUGUUCGCCAGCAGCGGCUACUUCCGCAUGCUGCUGUCCCACGGGGCCCAGGGCGGGGCCGGUGGCGGGGCCCAGCCCGUCAGCGCGUCCUUCGAGGUCUUCUCCCCGGAGACCUUCUCUGUCAUCCUGGACUUCGUGUACUCGGGCAGGCUGGAGCUGUGCAGCGACAACGUCAUCGAGGUCAUGAGCGCCGCCAGCUACCUGCAGAUGACCGAUGUCAUUGGAUACUGCAAGAGCUUCAUCCGCUCCUCGCUGGACAUCAGCGCCAAGGACGAGAAGGAGGAGGGGGGGGAGCAGGAGCAGCGCUACCCCGUGCAGCUCCAGCAGUCCCCCGGCCACACGGGGGCGCCGCACCCCUCCUUCUCCUGCUCCACCGCCACCGCCUCCUCCUGGCGCGUUCAGAACGGCAGCAGCGCCCAGCAGGACCCCCCGCCCCCCUCCAAGCACCCCCUGCCCCAGGACGGGCUGGAGUUCAGGCCAGGGAACCCCCGCCCCAGCAGGCAGCCCAUGCACACCUCUCUGGGGGGGGUUGAGGGUGACGCCGAGGUCCUCCGGUUCAGUCCUGGCUCGGAGGGAAGUGGGGGGGGUACGGCAGGGCGGAAAAGGAAAGGCUGGACCCCUGCCUCACCUUCACCUCCAGACGACAAGGGGGCCCCCUCCCCCUCCCCCUCCUGCAAGCCCAAGGCUGAUAAAGCAGACGAGCUGUACGCUACCCUACCCACCAUUGUGGGGGUGGUGGGGCUGUUCAACCAAGACGAGUGCCCGUCCAUGCGGUUCAAGUGCCCGUUCUGCACGCACACGGUGAAGAGGAAGGCAGAUCUGAAGAGACACCUGCGCUGCCACACCGGGGAGAGACCCUACCCCUGCGAAGCCUGCGGCAAGAGAUUCACCCGACUGGAGCACCUGAGGAGCCACUUCCAGACUAUCCACCAGGCUCGGAAGCUCAUCUGCAGGAAGUGUAAGCGUCAUGUGACGGAGCUGAGUGGCAGGGUGGUGUGCGAGGGGACGCGCCGCUACCGGCUCUGCAACGACUGUCUGCUGGAGACGGGGGACGACACCGCCGGCUCGGCCAAUCACAGUGCAGCCCAGCCCUACUUCGAGGAUAAUGAGGGCCUGUCCUGGCCAAUGACCGACGAGGACGAGCUGGCCGAGGACUCGGGGGCAGACCUUAUCAUCCAGGAAGUGGAGGACAGCGACGAGGAGAUGGACAGGAAGGAAGUGAAGCCUGUCAUCGGGUAGAGCGCCCCCUGCCUGCGGGGAGGAGCAACUGCUGAAAGACUGAUUUUUUUAUUGUCGUAUUUAAUUUGAAUUAAAUUGUAUUUAUUGA